UAGACGCCCUGUGUAGCGCACUAUUAUGUCCGGGAGGUUGUUGUUUGGGAUUACACUCCCGACUCUCGCGCAGAGGAGGAGUUCCGCACUUUCUGUUUGAAGCAUUGUGGGAGAGAGGACGAUGUGUCCGGUUGAGCAGCCGACAAAUUAACUCCCUUUUAACUCCAAAACUUCACUUGGGUUUUCAAAAUGUGAGACAGCGAAUCCCGUGUGUGUAUCUUUGUCUCUACAUGCUGUAUGAACACAUUCAUUCCUUUCCUACUUCCUCCUUAUUCCUUGGACUGGGUGUGUGUCGUCUUCUCCAUCCAGAAAUAUCUUGGCUUUAACAACUUUUGAUUUCAGAUGCGUUUUCUGCUGCUCUUCAGUCGCCAAGGGAAGCUACGGCUGCAGAAGUGGUUCCUGCCACUGGCUGAGCGAGAGAAGAAGAAGAUCAUACGGGACAUGACCACCAUGGUGCUGGCUCGAAAACCGCGCACGUGUAACUUCCUGCACUGGAGAGAUCUGAAGAUUGUCUAUAAGAGGUAUGCCAGUCUGUAUUUCUGCUGUGGUUUGGAGGACCAGGACAACGAGCUGCUGGCUUUGGAAGUGCUGCAUCGAUAUGUUGAACUGCUUGAUAAGUACUUUGGCAAUGUGUGUGAGCUGGACAUCAUCUUUAACUUUGAGAAGGCAUAUUUCAUCUUGGACGAGUUCCUAAUGGGGGGAGAGAUACAGGAAACAUCGAAACAGUCCAUCGCUAAAUCCAUCGAGGCUUCAGACAUGCUGCAGGAGACGAUGGAAGAGUACAUGAGCAAGCCGGCCUUUUAGCAGCUUCUCAGACGGAAGCAGCACUCGUCAGCGGAACGAAAAGGAAAUAUCACCGUCUCCAGCUACAACACUCACAAACAGAUGGCUUCUGGUUACACUUUUCUAAUAGAAGCUUAGAAGAUAUGAAGUUGCUGUUAAAAGUCUGUAUGUGAAGGAAAUCUCUGAGUGUAAUACAUCUGGAAGAAAUAUUUUCUAUGGUUUUUCCAGUUGCAAUUUCAAAUGGAACUUUUUAAACAGUAGUUGUUCCUACUUACAUUAUUGUGUAUUUGUGCAGUGCUUGUCUGGUAUUUUCACUACUAUAACACUAUUUUUUUUUUUUUUUGUUUUUUUUUUUUUUUUUUUUACACUGUUCGGCUCCUUUGUUACUUGAAUAGGUGGAUCUGAAGCAGAAAAUAUACAGACAGCGUAUGGCCUUGGGAGAACUUGAGUAAAGAACACUGUACAAGUCUAUUAGCAACACCUUGCAGCUGUUUGAUAUAGGACUCAGUUUGCACGGCUUGGUGAGAAGUUUCACUAUACACAUCCUCUUUUACCUUGAUACCAGAUUAAUGGGUUGAUUUUGCAAUAAUUCUACUGAACCUCAAAUUAAUGUAAAGUGCCUACUUUGUGAUUGUAUGUCUCCUGCACAUUUUUAAUGAGUAUGGUGUAUGUCUUAUCAAAGCAGUUCUUUGAAUUUCGAGACCAUUUGAAGAGUGAUUUUAUAUGCAUUGAGAUGAUUACUUGCUAUUAUGCUAUGAUGAUUAAAUUGUAAAAUCUACACUGUUAAUACUGACAUUAAAAUGUAUUUUGAUACA